GCUGCCGGGGCAGGGUGCCUGUUCUGGCCCAGGGGCUGCAGCCACGGGCCUGGGUCCCGCUGGUUCUGCCCAGGAACACGGCCCGGGAUGGCCCAGCUGUCCUCGGCUUCCAGCCUGCAGGUGGUGCUAGGGCUCCCCUGGCUUCCUUGCCGGCCUGCCCAGGGCCAGUGCGCUGGGGGGACGGAGCCUGCGCCUCCCACUGCUGACCUCAUCCUCGGCCCGGGGUGGGAGGGGCCCUCCGGGAGCAGGCGGGCGGUGGGGACGACGGCCGGGCCGCCCUGCUGGCUCUCGGCUUUGGUUUGCUCCGUGGGGUUUCGUCUGUGACCCUGGUGUGUGUGAAGAGGAUCCACCGAGUGUAGACCGUUAGGGCCAAGUGUCCACGCUGCCUGAGGGGUCCUAGCAGCCCUGGCUUCCUGGCGCCCCCAGCCGGGGUGAGCCUGGCCCACCCGUGUCCAUCUGGCGCCAAGGCUGCAGAGACCCGGUCCGCUGCCCUGCGCGAGUUCACAAGCCAGGAACUGCGAAGGUCGUGGAGGGGGCAGAAGUCAGCGCGGAGCCCCUGCUGUGCGCAGACGCCCCUGUGCCCAGAGCGGUGUGGACGGCCGCCCCCGGGGAGGGCCAGGAGGGGGCAGGGCUGUGCCAGGCGGGCGUCAGCCGUGGGUGUGGGUGGGAGAGGCGUCCUCAGCCCCAGGUGGCCUGGACGGGUCCUCCUGCCGGCUCCCUUCUGAGCAGGGGGCUGGCGUGGUCAGGGGUCGCGACGCUGGGGAGCGCGGAUGGCCCCGGUGUCCUCGGGCAGAGCCAAGCAGGGAGGGGCCCGCGUGGCCGUCGGGGCGUGACCCUCCCUCCCCGCUCCGAGGCGGUGACGGCGGACGCGGGUUGGCGGAGGGGCCGGCAGGGGCGGGGAGCGAGCGUCUGGCCCGGGCGCGGUGGCUCCCGCAGCUGUGCCCGCGGCCAGCGGCAACUUUGCCAUGGAGUUGGUGUGGACGCUGGGGCUCGCGCUGGCGCUGGCGCUGGGGCCUGCGCCCGCCGGGGGACACCCACAGCCGUGCGGCGUUCUGGCGCGCCUGGGGGGCUCCGUGCGCGUGGGCGCCCUUCUGCCCCGCGCGCCCACCGCCCGCGCCCGCGCCCGCGCCGCCCUGACCCGGGCCGUGCUGGCGGCGCGGCUGCCGCACAACCUGAGCCUGGAACUGGUGGCCGCGGCGCCCCCCGCCCGCGACCCCGCCUCGCUGGCCCGGGGCGUCUGCCAGGCGCUGUCGGCGCCCGGCGUGGCGGCCCUGCUCGCCUUCCCGGAGGCGCGGCCCGAGCUGCUGCAGCUGCACUUCCUGGCGACUGCCACCGGGACCCCCGUGCUCAGCGUGCUGCGGCGGGAGGCGCGCGCGCCCCUGGGCGCCCCGACCCCGUUCCACCUGCAGCUGGACUGGGGCUGCCCACUGGACACCCUGCUGGAGGUCCUCGUGUCCGUGCUGCGGGCCCACUCCUGGGAGGACGUCGGCCUGGUGCUCUGCCGCGCCCGGGACCCCGCAGGUCUGCUGGCCCUCUGGACACGCUGGGCCGGCCGGGCACCCCGGCUCGUGCUGAACCUGGGCCGGCCUGACACCGGGGCUGCGGGGCUGCGGGCACGCCUGGCCCCGCUGGGGGCGCCGGUGGGCGCAGAAGGCCCAGUGCCCGUGGCCGUCCUGCUUGGCUGUGACGCGCCCCGUGCCCGCCGGGUGCUGGAGGCCGCGCCCCCGGGCCCCCGCUGGCUGCUGGGCACCCCACUGGCUGCGGAGGCCCUGCCCACCGCGGGCCUGCCGCCCGGGCUGCUGGCGCUGGGCGAGGUGGCCCGGCCCCCGCUAGAGGCCGCCAUCCACGACGCCGUGGAGCUGGUGGCCCGGGCUCUGGGCAGCGCGGUCCUCGUGCGGCCGGAGCCCGCCCUGCACCCCGCCAAGCUCAGCUGUGAGGACCUGCAGGCAGCCGGGUCAGACUCCUGGGGGCGCUUCCUGGCCCGGGUCCUGGCCAACACGUCUUUCCAGGGCCACACGGGGCCAGUGUGGGUGACCAGCACCUCCCGGGUGCACCUGUCUCGGCGAUUCAAGGUGUGGAGCCUGCGCAGUGACCCGCUGGGCGCCCCGGCCUGGGCCACGCUGGGCAGCUGGCGGGACGGGCGGCUGGAGCUGGAGCCGGGCGCCGCCGCGGCCGCCGCGCGGCCCCCACCCCCGCCGGGGGCCCAGGCCCGGCCCAAGCUGCGCGUGGUGACGCUGGUGGAGCACCCCUUCGUGUUCGCCCGGGAGCCGGACGAGGACGGGCAGUGCCCGGCGGGGCAGCUGUGCCUGGACCCCCGCACCAGCGACUCGGCCGCCCUGGACGCGCUGUUCGCCGCGCUGGCCAACGGCUCGGCGCCGCGGAGCCUGCACAAGUGUUGCUACGGUUACUGCAUCGACCUCCUGGAGCGGCUGGCGGAGGACGCGCCCUUCUCCUUCGAGCUGUACAUCGUGGGGGACGGCAAGUACGGCGCCCUGCGGGGCGGCCGCUGGACCGGCCUGGUGGGCGACCUGCUGGCCGGCAGGGCCCACAUGGCCGUCACCAGCUUCAGCAUCAACUCGGCCCGCUCCCAGGUGGUGGACUUCACCAGCCCCUUCUUCUCCACCAGCCUGGGCAUCCUGGUGCGGGCCCGCGACGCCGCCUCGCCCAUCGGCGCCUUCAUGUGGCCGCUGCACUGGUCCACGUGGCUGGGCGUGUUCGCCGCGCUGCACCUCACCGCGCUCUUCCUCACGCUGUACGAAUGGCGCAGCCCCUACGGCCUCACGCCCCGCGGCCGCAACAGGACCACCGUGUUCUCCUACUCCUCCGCCCUCAACCUCUGCUACGCCAUCCUGUUCGGCCGCACGGUGUCCAGCAAGACGCCCAAGUGCCCCACCGGCCGCUUUCUCAUGAACCUCUGGGCCAUCUUCUGCCUGCUCGUGCUGUCCAGCUACACGGCCAACCUGGCCGCCGCCAUGGUGGGGGACAAGACCUUCGAGGAGCUGUCGGGCAUCCACGACCCCAAGCUGCACCACCCGGCCCAGGGCUUCCGCUUCGGCACGGUGUGGGAGAGCAGCGCCGAGGCCUACAUCAAGAAGAGCUUCCCGGAGAUGCACGCGCACAUGCGGCGCCACAGCGCGCCCACCACGCCGCACGGCGUGGCCAUGCUCACGAGCGACCCCCCCCAGCUCAACGCCUUCAUCAUGGACAAGUCGCUGCUGGACUACGAGGUCUCCAUCGACGCCGACUGCCGGCUGCUGACCGUGGGCAAGCCCUUCGCCAUCGAGGGCUACGGCAUCGGACUGCCGCGGAACUCGCCGCUCACCGCCAACCUGUCCGAGUUCAUCAGCCGCUACAAGUCGUCGGGCUUCUUCGACCUGCUGCACGACAAGUGGUACCGGAUGGUGCCGUGCGGGAAGCGCGUCUUCGCGGUGACCGAGACCCUGCAGAUGGGCGUCUACCACUUCUCGGGGCUCUUCGUGCUGCUGUGCCUGGGCCUGGCCAGCGGCCUGCUCAGCGCCCUGGGCGAGCGCGCCUUCUUCCACCUGGUGCUGCCGCACAUCCGCCGGAGCCCGCGGCUGCAGUACUGGCUGCACACCAGCCAGAAGAUCCACCGAGCCCUCAACACCGAGCCGCCGGAGGGGCCGGAGGAGCGGCCGGAGCCGGAGCCCAGCGGCCCCGAGGAGCAGCGGCAGGACGCACCCGCCGAGUCGGAGGGCACCGCGCGCUGGAAGCGCGUGCGCCGGGCGGCGGGCAAGGAGCGCCGCGUGCGCUUCCUGCUGGAGGCCGCCGCGCCCGACGCCGAGCCCGCGGGCCCCGCCUGGCCGAGCUCCAACGGCCGCCCGCCCCGCGCGCCGCGCCCCGGCGAGCUGCAGGCGCUGGAGCGGCACAUCGAGGCGGUGCGGGAGCGGCUGCGCCAGGCCCUCCUGCGGCGCGGCGACCUCCUGGCCCAGCUCCGGGACGGCGCCCGCCACCGCCCGCUGCGCCUGCUGCAGGGCAGGGCGGCCCCCGCGGGGCCCCGGUGACGCCGGGCGCACGAGUCCUCCCCGGCUCGGCCUGCGCGGGGACCCCCGCCCGCCGCCCCGCCGCCCCGCCGGCACACACACAGGCGCAGAGCGGCGCUGUCCGGGGACAGUUUAUUCUAUAUACAAACACAAUUUUGUACACUGCAAUUAAAUAGAAUGGAAUGAG